CUUCGGCGAGGCGGCCGCGGCGAUGAUGCUGGGCGACCCGGCGGCCUUGGAGGAGCCUCCCCCGGCGGCGGCCUCGGCGCUGCGGAGCGAGCUGGGCUCGCACCUGCACCUGCUGAAGGGGCUGAACGUGCGCUUCCGCUGCUUCCUGGCCAAGGUGCACGAGCUGGAGCGCCGCAACCGGCUGCUGGAGAAGCAGCUGCAGGCCGCGCAGGUGGGCGAGCGCGAGCGCCGCCUCCGCUACCGCCGCUUCCCCAGGCACCAGGCCGUGCAGACCGACCCGGAGCCGCCUCGGGGGGCCGCCGCCGCCGCCGCCUCCUUCGCCCCGUCCUCCUCCUCGGCUGCUUCUUCCUCCGCUUCUUCCUCCUCCUCCUCCUCCUCCUCGGCUGCCUCCGCUUCGCCUUACGGCCGCCUGCCCGGCACCAUCUGGAGCUACACGCAGGUGCGGCGGACGGGAGGAGGCGGCCUGGAGACCCUGCAGGGGCCCGGCGUCUCCUGGGUCCACCCGGACGGCGUGGGCGUCCAGAUCGACACCAUCACGCCCGAGAUCCGCGCCCUCUACAACGUCCUGGCCAAAGUCAAGCGCGAGAGGGACGACUACAAGGGCAGAUGGGAAGAGGAAGUGGCCAAGCGGAUGCGGCUGGAGUCGAUGGUGGAGACGCUGCAAGAGGAAGCACAGGAGGCUGAAGCUCUCCAGGAGGAGCUGAAUGAGAAAAUCGAGAGGCUCAAAGCCGAACUGGUGGUCUUCAAGGGCCUGAUGAGCGAUCCCAUGACCGACCUGGACUCAAAGAUCCAAGAGAAAGCCAUGAAAGUGGACAUGGACAUCUGCCGGCGUAUUGAUAUCACAGCCAAGCUGUGCGAUGUAGCACAGCAGCGCAACUCGGAAGACGUUUCCAAGAUAUUCCAGGUGGCCUCCAAGAAGAAGGAACGCCGGUUCACAUCGGAAGAAGACGUGGCUGAGCCGGACACGGACAACGCCCGCUUCUCGGAGGAGGACGUCAGCUGCUCUCUGAACAUCACCGACGAAAUGAAGAGGAUGUUCAAUCAGUUCAGGCGGGAGACCUUCGAUUUUGAUGACGACUGCGACAGCUUGACGUGGGAGGAAAACGAAGACACUCUGCUCCUGUGGGAGGACUUUACCAACUGCAACCCGACCGUGGAGCUCCAAGGAGAGCAAGAGGAGAACCUGGGGAACCUGAUCCACGAAACGGAGUCUUUCUUCAAAACCCGAGACAAAGAAUAUCAGGAGACGAUAGGGCAGAUCGAGCUGGAACUGGCCACCGCCAAGAGCGACAUGAACCGCCACCUCCACGAGUACAUGGAAAUGUGCAGCAUGAAACGGGGCCUGGACGUCCAGAUGGAGACCUGCCGGCGGUUGAUCAAAGGCUCUGCGGAAAGAAAUUCCCCCUCGCCCAGCUCCCUCGCCAGCAGCGACUCGGGGAACACGGACGAGAUUCCAGACGACUUCGACAGAGAAGCAGACGUGGAGCCCAUGGUCAGCUGAUGAACGCCCAGAGCGUUGGGGCGCAGGGCUUGCGGGGCUCGGUUUGGCGGGACGGGGAGAACCAGAAAACUUUGGGAGAAAACAAACAAACAAAAACAAAAAAAACAAAACACACCUGGACAAAAGUUGAAACCUUUGCAGCACGGGGGCGGAAUCCAGGACCUUCCAAGCGUCCUCCGCCGGCAUUCCCGGAGGGCCUCGGCCCCCCCGCGUCAUCUCAGGAUUGGUGCUGUGAAAACUUUCGUACUGUUCCCUCGGACGAUGACAAAUGUGACAAAAAAAAACCAACAAC